UCCAAGUAUAUUUUAGAUAUGAGACCCUUAGAAAUGCAGAACCAAUCAAUGGCAUUAGAUUUCAUCCUUGUAGGACUGACAGAUGACCCACAGUUGCAAAUUGUGAUCUUUCUGUUUCUGUUUCUGAACUACACAUUGAGUCUGAUGGGGAACCUGACCAUUAUCCUUCUCACUCUGCUGGAUUCUCGCCUGAAGACACCAAUGUACUUCUUUCUCCGUAAUUUCUCCUUUUUGGAAAUCAUAUUCACAACAGUGUGCAUCCCGAGAUUCUUGACGAUGAUUGUGACUGGAGACAAAACCAUUUCUUAUAAUAACUGUGCAGCUCAGUUAUUCUUUAUCCUUCUGCUUGGAGUUACUGAGUUUUACCUCCUGGCCGCCAUGUCCUAUGACCGCUAUGUCGCGAUCUGCAAACCCCUGCAUUACUCAGUCAUCAUGAAUAAGAAAGUGUGCUACCAACUCGUGCUCAGCUCUUGGGUAACUGGGUUCUUGAUCAUCUUCCCUCCUUUGGCUAUGGGACUCAAGCUGGAUUUCUGUGCUUCAAGAGUAAUUGAUCACUUUAUGUGUGAAACCUCUCCUAUUUUGCAGAUCUCUUGCACAGAUACACAUGUCCUAGAAAUGAUGUCCCUUGUUUUAGCUGUGGUGACCCUUGCGAUCACAUUAGUCUUAGUGAUUCUCUCUUACGUUUGCAUCAUUAAGACUAUUCUGAAGUUCCCUUCUGCCCAGCAAAGGACCAAAGCUUUCUCCACCUGCACUUCCCAUAUGAUUGUUGUCACAUUGACAUAUGGUAGCUGUAUCUUUAUGUAUAUUAAACCAUCUGCAAAAGAACGAGUAACUGUAUCCAAAGGUGUAGCUUUGUUGUAUACAUCAGUUGCCCCUUUACUAAACCCUUUCAUUUAUACUCUAAGAAACCAGCAGGUGAAGGAAGUUUUCUUGGGUCUGUUAAAAAAGAUUAUUUUUACAAAAAAUUUUAACAUUAUGCUAUGA